AUGGGUCUGGUUCAAAUUAUGCUAAAAGGAGCAGAAGGAGAUAUGAAAUGGGAGACCUUACCUGGUAGUCAAUCUCGACCAAAAGAGAAGAAACCACAAGCAGCUGCCAAAGCACCUACUGUUGAUGCCAGUAAACUUCCACUGCCAGAGAAGAUACGUAGAUUGAGUUUAUUUUUACGCAAUGAGAAGCGAGAGGUUAAUGAAAUUAUGCUGUUCGAGAACUCCAUCAUGUCUUGUAAAUUGGGAAUAAAGCCAGAUUUCUUGAUAGAUGAAAUGAUUCAAGGAAAGAAUGGAUCCUUUUUCACUGGCCGUUUGAUUUUUGAUGGUGUGUUUUUGGCACGCCAUAUUGCCAGUAAUAAGAAAGUUAUCAAGUUAACCUGCUAUAAAAGAGCUGUAGAAAUGUUCCGAACCAUGUCUGUUACUGAAAUCAUGAGCCAGAAGGAUAUAACAGCAGAAGAGCUGAAGCAGAAGCUGGAUAAUCUGAAUUCCACAGUGGCCAAGGUUGAGAAAGAAACCAUUAAAGAUUUGCCAACUGUUGAAGUGCUGAAAAAAUUACAAGAAAUUCUAAAGAAUCCAAAAUACACUCCUUCUAAUGCUGUUAGUAACUUGGAGCAGGCUGCUGCAGUCGCAAAGUGUCGUAUUCGUUGUCGUUAUGAUGUAGAACAGGGUCAAUCAACUACUGGAAGAAUAUAUUUCAAAGGAAGCUAUUAUAUUGAUAAUGUUGUUCAAGGUCUUGGAUUCUCUGUCUCAAAGAAAACUGCCAAAGCUAACUGUUACAAUAUGGUAGUACAACGACUGAUGACAUGUAAAGCAGAAGAUAUUUUGAGUGGUUUGGAUCCAUCCAUUGGAGAAAAGGCUUUAUCAGAACUGAAUGCUAGUAUGAAAAUCGUACCCAAGAGUGCUAAGAAUCUGGAUUUAAGGGAGAAGUUUGUUAGAUUAAAGGAACUUCUAGCUGUAUCUGAUUUGACUCCAGAUGUGAUCACUGCCAUGGAUUUGAUGUUUGCAGAUGUUAAACUCACACCAGUUUGCCUGUAUCGUCAAGGUCCAAAACAAGAUAAUCCAGAUCAAAAGCCAGUGCUCUUCUGUAAUUUGUAUCUGGCUGGUCGUCUGAUGGCUAUUGGUGAAGCUUCAAAUAGAACAGAGGCACAGAUAGAUUCAUAUACCAAUUCAAAAGAUAUCGUCUUAACAACUGAGCCAGAGGUUAUCCUGACACAACAUUAUAAACUACAAGCCCAUGAUCAAGCUGCUCCAGAUGUAAUAGAUUUUAGAGUGAAAGGAAAUUGUGUACUGAGGAACAACUGCACCAAUUUUCAUCGACUCCAGAGGACCAAAUUGAAGGUAUCUGAUACUCCAGUGAAAGACAUUGUUUUAUAUGAACAUGCCAGUUGGUCAUCUGAUCGUAAAGUUCAAGGAUUCUGUAUUCUACAACACUCUUGUUUUCUCAAUAAUAUGCUUCUGGAAUGGGAAUUUAGUGAUGAUAAUAAUUCUACACAGUUCAGAUGUGAUAUGAAGAUACAGAAGGAGAAUAUUGGUACUCAGCCUGCUAAAUCUGUUAGUAAAAUCGGUUCACGAAAUCUAGCUGCUGCUGAUAUAUUGUUUAAACUGUAUGAAACACAACCAGUAAUACAAAUAACAACAUAUACCAAGAUGGAGGAAUCAACCAAAUGCAUCACUUUUGAUGAAGUUCUCGAUGCAGCCAUUGAGCUUCAUAAAGCUGCUAAAAAUGCUGGAGAAGAUGUAGAGAUGGCUCCACCAUCUGAGGAAGCAAAGCCAGUAGAAACAGAAUUCAAAAUGGAACAAGAUGUUAAAACUGAAGAAGUUAAGAAGGAAGAAGUUAAGACUGAAAAAGUUAAGACUGAACCUAAAGAUGACGAUGUGGAAAUGAAGGAAGAAAACCAAGAUGAAAACAAACCACACACAUUUCAAAGACGCAGACGGCCAUUUAAGUAUUUGACAAAAUUUAUCUUACAAGAUGUCAAACGAAGGGUAGAUGAGUUCACUAAGGUCAAAUCUUUAGAAGAUAUGCUAUUUGGACCAUCCUAUCCAUCUCAAAUUGGUCGCCAAAUAGCUGGAAUAUUAAGAAAUUCCACGGUUCCUUUAAGAUACAUGACAAGACCAAUCAGAGGCAGCAUGUACACAAUCGUUACCCAAAGUAUGACUCCCAAUGAAAUGGCUGCAUUCCUGAAGGAAAGGUGCGGAUCCUCUGGAAGAUUUAAGUUGGUGGACAAAUCUGAAUUACCUAGCCACAAGGAUAUUGUACCAGAAUUAACCAGUGGAGAGAUCCAAAUUUCUCAGAAUUCUCAGCCCAACCAAGAUCACUUCUUUGAUGAUGUCUCAAUAGAGUCUAAUAGUGAAUUCCAUACUGCCAUGUCUUCUCAACUAGGUGACAAUUCAGCAUACCAGUCAACAUAUGAUACAACUCUUACUUCUAACAGCUCUGCUAACUCAUCUCUUGUAACACCUAAAAAGGAAGAUAUGAGUCUUCCGAGCACUCCCAUACAAGGUAACACCAGCACACCUAAACAAAAUAUGACCAGUACUCCUGUUCAAAAGAAAACACCAGCUUCAAAGAAGAAACUGUAAAAUGGUUCUUUAUUUAUUGACAAUUAUUAUUAGUUUUAUUUGAGACUAUUGUUUUUAUGCUGAAUUUUAUUGAAAGUUAGUGAAUUCCUGAGAGAAAUGGAAUUAUUGGUGUAAAUAAUGUGUCCAGGAGCCAGUGUUAAAUUUUUGAUUAUAUUACUUGAUAUAGAUGGUGUUCAAUUAACGUGAUAUGUCUUGUGGGAAAACAGUACAAUUUGAGUUAAAAUCAAUAUAAAGAAGUCUAUACAGGUCUGUCACAGGCAAAGAGUUCAACAUGGGCAUAGUUUAUGAACAGAUUGACAGAACAGAAACAAUGUGUAUUUCUAAUAAUUAGAACCUGACUUUUAAACUUUUAACUUUUUUGAAUGCACUUCUUUGAAUAAUGUCUCAUAUGCUUGAGUGUUCAGAAAAGGUCAACAGAUACUGGCUCGUUCCACAUUUUAUAUUUUUCAUCCAAGAGUUGAGCUAAACAAAUAGUUUUGACUCUUAAAUGAUCUGUUUGGCAUUGACAUCUAAUUCAAGUCAGUACAGUACAGUAGACUUCGGAUCAAGAAAUUGAGGGGAAAGCUUUUGUGGGUAUUUGUUUUCAAAUUUGGGAACAGCGUCGUUCCCCAUACCUGUACUAUAAUUUUAAUUGUGUCAUCCACAGUACAUUUUGUCAUCAUUUUUUCAAAUAAAUAAUAUAUAUGUGUA